AUGGCCGCACCCGCUGCCGGCCGAUGCAAGCUGCCGCCUCCACCGCACCAGCGAUACUGGCCGCGGCUCGCCGCCACGCGCCGGCUCGGAAGAGGGGCUAUCGGCGGCGCAGCAGAGCGGCAUGCGUCGUCAUUCGAGCAGCACCAGGUCGAUAUCCGGCUCAAACAUACGACCCCGCUGAGCGCAUAA